AUGCAGUCGCAUAACUUGUCACCGCAAAAAUCCUCCCCCUCAUUGAACACCACAUCCACCAAUUACCACCAACUGGACUUGAGAAAGAGGCAAUCAAAGCGAGACGAAGCCAUUAGAAGAAGAAUUGAACAUGACUUGAGUAAAAAGAAGAAAAAUGGCAGUCGCAUUACAAGACAUAAGAAGGCCAUUCCGGGCACUGUGUUAUCAUUAAAACCCAGUGAUCCAAUUAUUUGCAAAACCUCAGCUACAGUCCAUGAAGUCUCACAGAUGAUGACUGCAACACGUGAAAACUGUGUGUUGGUGGUUAAUGACAUUGGUGAACUUUUGGGUAUUUUCACUGCCAAGGACUUAGCGUUUCGUAUAGUUGGGUCUGGGUUGACGGCAAACUCGGUCACGAUUGACCAAAUUAUGACUGCUGAUCCUAUUUGUGCCAAUGCGAAUAACCCAGCUUCUGAAGCAUUGAAUUUGAUGGUGGAAAGAGGCUUUAGACAUUUGCCCGUAUUGGAUAAUGAUAACCAAAUUGUGGGCGUCCUAGACAUCACUAAAUGCUAUGCCCAACAGAUGGAAAAGUUGGAGAGAAUGCAUGCACAGUCUAAAACCUUAUACGACGCAUGGAACUCAGUACAUGAUGAGAUUGGCGUGCAAGACCAGCCUCAACAUGUGUUCCAAUACUUUGAAACAUUGAAAAAUAAAAUGAAUGGUCCAACAUUGGAUAACGUCCUUGACGAAUCUACUGAGCCUAUUUACGUUGGUGUUAAGACGUCAGUUUAUGAGGCUACUGUUUUAAUGAAGGAAAACAGAACAACCGCUGUUUUGGUAAAGGAUACAAAUCAAGAAGUGACCGGGAUAUUCACAUCUAAAGAUGUGGUAUUAAGAGUAAUCGCAGCCGGUUUGGAUCCCAAAAACUGUUCAGUGGUGAGAGUAAUGACAUCGCAUCCAGAUGUCGCAUCUGCGAAAUUGCCAAUUCAAGAAGCAUUGAGGAAGAUGUUUGAUGGUCAUUAUUUGAACUUGCCUGUGGUGAACAACGAGGGUGAUAUAAUUGGCAUGGUGGAUGUUUUGAAGUUAACGUACGCUACUUUAACCCAGAUUAGACAAUUGGAGGCAAAAGAGCUACCACUGUCUCUUGAUGCGCCCGAGCAAGGUAACGAAGGUCCUGCUUGGAACAAGUUUUGGACAUCGUUGGGAGACAAUGAAUCCGUACAUUCAGAUUCAUUAAUGGAUGAAAGUGCAGUUGCAAACGCCCCCGAAGUUACCCCAUCUGAGUUUCAAUCGUUCAACAUUGACAUCAAGCCCUCCGACUCAAUAUCCUAUGUUGAUGCGUCGCCAACGAAGGGAUCGACUGCGGCAGGUAGUAGUUUGGCACUAGCUAUUGAAGAAGAUUCCCCAUACAUUUUCAAGUUCAAGUCACCAGCGGUGGAAGGUAGAGUGCACCGUAUCACUUUGAAAGCAAGUGAUGGUGUUGUCAUUUUGAGAAAAUUGAUCCAUUCUAAGUUACACGACAAAGAUUUUGCUGUGUUGAAUGUAUCCAGGCCAAAUGAAAAUGACGACGAGUCAACUCCGCUUCAUGAGGAACUUGCAGUUAGCUAUAUUGACGACGAAGGCGAUGUGGUGUCCGUAACCACCGACAAUGACUUGGUUGAAUGUGUUCGUAUCAACCAGAGAUUGGGCAAUGAAAAAGCUGAUUUAUAUUUACACAAUCCUCACCAACAUCCAUCAGUCGAUGAUAUCAAGCCCACAAAGAAAAAGAGUCACCAGUCGGAGUCACUCGUACCUGGUAUUGCCAAUGAAGUGUUAGUUCCUGGUAUAUUGGCGGUGCUUGCCUCGUCCAUUAUCGUUGGAUUUACUUUGAGUAGGAAAUAG